AUGGCGCGACAGGUGAUCUUUGUAUUGGCCUUACUUAGUAUUGUAUAUGCAGAUGAUGUGUCGAUACCGAUACCAAAAAAAUCAUUAGAGACCGGCAUGCACCCGUCAUACAUUCCAACAGAUGAAAAACAUGGUUCAUACUGGAGAAAAACUGCAUCAGAAGUGCUAAAAUCUAAAUUAAGGGAGACAGUUAAUAAAAAUAAAGCAAAAAAUGGCAUAAUGUUUAUUGGAGAUGGGAUGUCCUUAGCGACUGUGAUGGCAGCCAGGACCUUCGCAGGACAAAUGGAAAAUGAGCUCGGUGAAGACAAUGUUUUGGAUUUUGAAAAGUUUCCUGUCUCCGGAUUGGCUAGGACCUACUGCAUCGAUGCUCAAGUAGCAGAUUCAGCGUGUACCGCCACGUCCUACCUCACUGGUGUGAAGACCAAGUUUGGGGUCAUUGGUCUAGAUGGAAAUGUCACAAGAGGUUCCUGUUACUCCCAAUUGCAUAAAGCAAAUUGGUCACCUUCUAUUGGACAAUGGGCGUUAGCUAGUGGAUUAGAUGUUGGUUUCGUGACGACCACCAGAGUGACACACGCCUCACCUGCUGGCAUGUACGCUCAUACAUCUGAAAGGAACUGGGAAUCUGACGCAGAUGUUCCCGAGGAAUGCAGAAAUUUGGGGUGUAAAGACAUCGCGUAUCAACUUGUGACGAGUAACCCUGGAAGACAAUUUAAGGUGAUUAUGGGCGGUGGACGCAGAGAAUUUCUUCCAAAUGUGACCAAUCCUCUCACCACAAACAGUACUGGCAGACGGCAGGACAGCCUAGAUUUGAUAGAGUUGUGGCAUGAAGAUAAAAUGCAGAAUAACGCUACUCACCAAUAUGUCAGUGAUAGAAGUGAACUUAUGAAGGUUUUCAACUCUGAUGAUCUUCCGGAAUACCUUCUAGGUCUGUUCCAGAGCGACCACAUGUCUUACCACUUACAAGCUAACAACCAACCCAGUCUAGAAGAAAUGGUUGAAGUGGCUAUAAAAAUGUUGAGCAGAAGUGAAAAUGGAUACUUUUUGUUUGUUGAAGGUGGCAGAAUAGACCACGCGCAUCACGACAGCUAUGCGCUCUUGGCGCUCGACGAGACCGUUGAAUAUGCGAAGGCAGUUAAAAAGGCCAAGGAGAUGACAAGCGAAGAUGACACCCUUAUAGUCGUGUCUUCAGACCACGCCCAUACAAUGACAGUAGCUGGAUACCCCUCAAGAGGUAACGAUAUUUUAGGGGUGGUCGACAACGUAAAUGCAGCAGAUGGAAAGCCGUAUACUACGAUAAGCUAUGCGAACGGAAAAGCGGCUUCGAUUAAUAACGAAGGAAGAGUAGACGUGACGUUACAUAGUGAAUUUUCUAAACGUAAUCUCGAGUACCCCUAUCCAAGUUUGGUGCCUCUAGAUCAGGAGACGCAUGGAGGAGAGGACGUCGCAGUAUUCGCUAGUGGUCCUUGGCAGCAUCUUUUCACUUCUAGCUAUGAGCAAUCUGUUAUCCCACAUAUGAUGGCAUAUGCUAUGUGCUUAGACACCAAUAAACAUGAGAACUGCAAGCCCAAGCAUCACAGAACCUAUUGGACUUCUAGUUCUUCUAUAAAUCAACCAAAUAAGUAUUAUAUUUUAAAUGCUGUGAUAUUCUAUUUUAUGUUAAGAUUUUUCCAU